AGGCUCCAGCCCAGACACAGCCGACCCGGGGCCGGGCCGGGCGUCCCAGACCGAGGCUGCGAGCAUGGGGUCGGCAGGCUGGGGGCUGCGCUGCGCCAUCGCCCUGCUCCUCGCCGCGGCGGGAGCUGCAGCAGGAGACAAGUGUGGGAGGAAGGAGUUCCAGUGCCGAGAUGGGAAAUGCAUCUCUUACAAGUGGGUCUGUGACGGGAGUGCCGAGUGCCAGGACGGCUCUGACGAGUCCCAGGAGACAUGCAAGUCUGUUACCUGCCAAUCUGGGGACUUCAGCUGUGGGGGCCGGGUCAACCGCUGCAUUCCUCAGUUCUGGAGAUGUGAUGGCCAAGUGGACUGUGAGAAUGGCUCAGAUGAGCAAUACUGUGCCCCCAAGACAUGCUCGCAGGACCAGUUCCGUUGCCACGAUGGCAAGUGCAUCUCGCAGGUGUUUGUCUGUGACUCAGACCAGGAUUGCUUAGACGGCUCAGAUGAGGACGCCUGCCCUGUGACCAUGACCACCUGCGGCCCUGCCAACUUUCAGUGCAACACCUCCACCUGCAUCCCUGAGCUGUGGGCCUGCGAUGGUGACCCUGACUGCGAGGAUGGCUCGGACGAGUGGCUGCAGCACUGUGAGGGCCGCAACACAUCUGCCCCACAAAGGGACAAUGGCCCCUGCUCCUCCUUCGAGUUUCACUGCCGCAGCGGCGAGUGUAUCCACACCAGCUGGCGCUGUGAUGCCGCCCCCGACUGCAAGGACAAGUCAGACGAGGAGGACUGUGCUGUGGCUACGUGCCGGCCUGACCAGUUCCAGUGCGGAGAUGGGACCUGUAUCCAUGGCAGCCGGCAGUGCGACAAGGAGUACGACUGCAAGGACCUGAGCGACGAGGUCGGCUGCAUCAAUGUGACGCUGUGUGAGGGGCCCAACAAAUUCAAGUGCCACAGUGGCGAAUGCAUCACACUGGACAAAGUGUGCAACUCAGUCAGGGACUGCCGGGACUGGUCGGACGAGCCCCUCAAGGAGUGCGGUACCAACGAGUGUCUGGACAACAAAGGAGGCUGCUCACAUGUCUGCAACGACCUCAAGAUUGGCUACGAGUGCCUCUGCCCUGAGGGCUUCCGGCUAGUGGACCAGAGAAGAUGCGAAGAUAUCGACGAGUGUCAGGACCCCGACAGCUGCAGCCAGAUCUGUGUGAACCUCGAGGGGGGCUAUAAGUGCGAGUGUCACAAGGGCUUCCAGAUUGACCCCCACACCAAGGCCUGCAAAGCCGUCGGCACCAUCGCUUACCUCUUCUUCACCAACCGCCAUGAAGUGAGGAAGAUGACACUGGACCGGAGCGAGUACACCAGCCUCAUCACCAACCUGAAGAACGUGGUCGCCCUCGACACGGAGGUGGCCAGCAACAGAAUCUACUGGUCUGACCUGUCCCAGAGGAAGAUUUACAGCACCCAGAUUGACAGAGCCCACAGCUUCUCCUCCUAUGACACUGUCAUCAGCAAGGACCUGCAUGCCCCUGAUGGGCUGGCCGUGGACUGGGUCCAUAGCCACAUAUACUGGACCGACUCUGUCCUCGGCACUGUCUCAGUGGCCGACACCAGGGGUGUGAAGAGGAAAACACUAUUCAAGGAGAAAGACUCAAAACCCCGGGCAAUUGUGGUGGACCCUGCUCACGGCUUCAUGUACUGGACGGAUUGGGGGACCCCUGCAAAGAUCAAGAAAGGGGGUCUGAAUGGUGUGGACAUCUACUCGCUGGUGACGGAAGACAUCCAGUGGCCCAAUGGCAUCACCCUGGAUCUUUCCAGUGGCCGCCUCUACUGGGUCGACUCCAAACUUCACUCCAUCUCCAGCAUUGAUGUCAAUGGGAGCAACCGGAAGACUGUUUUGGAGGACAAGAACCGUCUGGCUCACCCGUUCUCCCUGGCGAUCUUUGAGGAUAAAGUAUUUUGGACAGAUAUCAUCAAUGAAGCCAUUUUCAGUGCCAACCGCCUCACAGGCUCAGACAUUAAUUUGGUGGCUGGGAAUCUGCUGUCCCCGGAGGACAUGGUCCUGUUCCACAACCUCAUGCAGCCGAGAGGGGUGAACUGGUGUGAGAAGACUUCCCUCCACAAUGGUGGCUGCCAGUACCUGUGCCUCCCAGCCCCGCAGAUCAACCCCCAUUCACCCAAGUUCACCUGUGCCUGCCCUGAUGGCAUGCUGCUGGCCAAAGACAUGAGGAGCUGCAUCACAGAGGCUGAACCCGCAGCCACCACCGAGGGGUCUACCACCAAGGGGUCCUCCACAGCUGGAUCCACAUUCAGGCAGAUGGUCAGCUCUGUGGCCACGGAGCCAAAGCAGACAGCCAGCCCGCCUGCUCCCAGCACCUCCAGGCAGCCCACGGCCAGCACUGAGUUCACCACAGCAGAGAUGGCUACCGUGUCCCACCAAGCCCUGGGCGACGUUGCUGGCAGAGGAACCGAGGAGAAGCCCAGGCGCGUGGGGGCACUGUCCAUCAUCCUCCCCAUUGUGCUGCUCGUCCUCCUCUGCUCCGGGGCCUUCCUCCUCUGGAAGAACUGGCGGCUGAAGAGCAUCAACAGCAUCAACUUCGACAACCCUGUCUACCAGAAGACCACUGAGGACGAGGUCCACAUCUGCCGCAGCCAGGAUGGCUACACCUACCCCUCGAGACAGAUGGUCAGCCUGGAAGACGACAUGGCAUGAACAGCUGCCUUACCACGUCCUGUUCCACCCAAACCUGCUGUCGUGGGCAGGGGAAACACAUUCUCCCCGGAUCCUGGACCACCUGUCCAUCGCCUAGUCCAAAACCUUCCUGAGACAUCGACACGCUCCCGCCCUGUUCAAAGAAAGAAGAGACACAAGCACUGCUGGCGACCGAAGCCCCCAUGCCCCUGCUGUGCGGCCUGUCUGCCAAGAGCUUUGUUUUAUAUAUUUAUUCCUCUGGUAGGCAGUGCGGGCCUCUCACUGCACACAGAGUGGGCUUGAGUUGGGAUUUUUAUUUUCUUUCUUUGCGAGCGAGCUGGGAUCGUACUCGGGCUGUAAGGACGGAUGUCUGGAUUCCUCUUGGGGGAAAUCCUGACCUUCUCUCCACUGUGACUCCUUCCGCAUGUGGAGCACUGACAACAGUGGCUUCAGACACAAAACAGGUGCUACAGCCAGCUGCUGCAUCCCACCCUCUUCCCCUAGCCCCUUAACUCAGGAGUAAAUGUGUUUACCUCUGCCUGGCAUGCAGUGGUAGACAACUGGAACUAGCCUUCUGCCCACCGCCCCCAGGUCAGGAUAAACUGUUUUUCAAGCUGAGUCUGUGUCCGCCUCAAGCUGGAUAGGGGAUCCAGGCGUUGGUUCCAACAUGGUUGUAUCCAGGGCGACAGGGGUGGCACCCACUGAGACCAAUUCAUUUGCCAAAGUGACAAUAACCUGAGGGAGAGCCUGAGUCACCGGUUGCCCUUAAAAGAGAUUAAGUGCCUCAGUCACCAGGUUACCUUGUGUGACCCCAGUGGCUGAGAGUUUGGGUUGUUUUCGCCCAGCCCUGCGGCCGCCCCACCCCUGCCCCAACUUCUUUUCCUCUGUUGCUGUGCACUUUUUCAGUUCAGGGUUGUACAUCAUGUAAAUUGGAUGUUAUUAUUAUUUUGCACUGUUUUCUGUUGUGUGUGUUGUGGCAGGAGAAAGGCCUGUGUCAGUGAGCGUGUGGUCUGAAGGCCUUUCUGAGUGUGAGAGCAGGCGUGAGUGUGAGCUGAUGCAUGUGGCGGAAAGGGUCUUGUCGGCCAGGAAUUCAAAGCCAUGGUCAUGAAAAUCGGGAACUGCCACUGUCUUAUUGUUCUCCGUCUGCCAGGCUCGUUAAGAACUUCUCCCGGUUUCCCUCUGUCAGAUGCCCCUGAGGACACUGUCGUGUAUGGAUGCAUCUAGAACGUGCAUCAUCUCUUUCAGCCUGUCAGCAGUCCUCGGCCUGGGUCAUUUCAGGGGACUUUUAUUAAACAAGAAGUCCCUCUGAACUUGCCAUGAACCUCGUCACUGCAUUUGUGACCGGCGAGAUGAUGGCAGCCUCCUUCUGGUUCCUGUGUGGAGCAUUUGAGGGGAUUGAAGACUGUCCCCUACACUCAGACAAAACACUGCAGCCCACCCUGUGGGGAACCGGGAAACAGCUUUUUUCUUUCUGAAGCACGUAAACAGACUGGUAUACAGAUAGGGGAGCUUUUGGUUAUGUUUGCACUUUGUACAUUUGCUGAAACAGUUACCAUUUAUAUUAAAAAAAAAAAAAAAGAUCUAUUUAUUUUUGCAAACCCUGGUUGCUGCAUUUGCUGUUACUCCUCUGGGGGCACCGCACUGUGGGGGGUGCUGUCUCCGAGCUGUGUCUUUAGAUACAAAGAUUGUUUGCACCAACUAACUGUGCACCGCCUUUCAGGAGAAGAAUGUCAGUGUUGUAUGUACAGGUAGCUUUUGGGGAAUGGGUAUCACUUUUUAAACCACUGUAUAGAAAGUUUUUAUAGCUGGAAUGUCUUACUGUGAUCAAUUAAAUUUCUUAAAUGAACCAUUUGGUUAAA